CCAGAACAUUCUCUGUGGAGUUUAUUUCCCAUGCAGCUCUCAUUUGCCACCACCGCUUCCCCUCCCCCCACCAAGACACCAAGGGAGUCCUCCGCUGCCACUCGAUCACAUGCUCCGACACGUGCUGUCGCGACAAUGGAGGGGACCUUCCUCACACCCCACGCCCACACUAACGCGCCCGCCCACGGCGAAUCGCGUCGCCGCCCAUUUACACGACCUCACCCACUCAUUCUUAGCCACAAGCACGCGACCGCGUAGAUUGAUCACCACUUCGUCCAAACCGACGCCUGCUCCGUGAUGCCCGAGCAUGGGUAAUCAUGUCUUCAUCGCAGCAUCCCCUCCUGGCUGCUGCCUCGACACCAUCAUUGCCCCCAGGCUUCGUCACCGCCCAAGACAUUUUGGAUGGCAAUGUUAGGGUUCACUCGAGAGUCAACGUCGUCGGCGUCAUCACCGACUUUCGUUCGCCCGUCCCGACGAAAGGCGUUGACUGGAAAUGUCAAAUCCGAUUCUACGACUUGUCCGUCGAGGAUGAUGAGGGCUCGUCUCUAUCCCUCAACGUCUUUCGACCGGAGAAGGAGAUGCCAACCGCUAGUUGCAGCGAUGUCAUUCUUCUACUCUCAGUCAAGAUUCAACGUUAUCAAUCGGAGGCUCCCUCUCUGAUAACCCAUAAGGAGACCAGAGUUCACAUCUACUCGGCUGCAAAAAUCCCGAAGCACCCCGCCAACGCGUUGUGUGCUCUGCGACCUCCGUCGAGGCCACAGGAUCGGCCUCCUGCCCAAAAGGAAAAUGCCUAUGUCGCCUACAUGUUUCACGCAAUCAAAAAAGCCCGUGUGCCGACAGAAUCAGAAUUUGAGGUCAUGACUGUUCGAUCCCGCAACGUCAAGGAAAAGUUCAGUCUGCUUGAGGGCGUUCAAGAUGGACGCUUCUGUGAUAUCGUUGUCCAGGUUGUUAAAGAGCCAUAUGACCAAGGGGACAAGAUCACACUCUGGGUUUCUGACUACACCGAAAACAUGGCCUUCUUUCAUCACGCCUUUGAUAGCGGGAGUCUAGCGGAGGAAUCAGACAGUGAUCCUUUUGGGUACACUACAAAGCACUCAAUGGCUGCUGUUUCGAAGACUGGUUGGAAUGGGCCGUUUGGCAAGAAGAGCUUGCAAAUCACUUGCUUUGAGCCCCACGCAACCGCAAUCAGAGAUGGCCGGAUAUCUGUCGGCACUUGGGUGUCCAUUCGAAACCUGCAGGUCAAAUUUGGGCACAAUGCCUCCAACCUCGAGGGUUAUCUCAGAGAGGACCGGGAAGCGCAUGGACCCAAGCUUGGAAUAUCCCCCCUCGAUCCAAGAGACGACACAGAGAAUAUCAACCCACGCCUAAAAGACGCGCUUCGCCGUAAGCGAGACUACGAGCGAGUGAAGAAGGAUCAGCUCCGGGAUAUUUCCGAAGCUGCAAAGGCUGGCCAGAAGCGCAAAGCCGAUGUAGCUGUCAGCUCAGAACCCAAGAAGAUGCCGAAGUCCAAGGAACGCCGGAAACUACUCCGUGCCCAGGCACAAAAAGAGGAACAGAAAUUAAAUGGGUCUGUUCCUGUGGCAGAUCUGAACCCACAAGUGAGAUGCGAGAACCAAAACAAGUCGGCCAGUUUUAUCGCCGACAUAUUGGAACAUGCCACCUACGACACUACGAUUAACAAGGAACCCGUCAAACUCCAGCUCCCUUUUAUAAACACAAACUACCGCGCCAACGUACGCAUCGUCAACUUCAUGCCUUCCAGACUCGAGGACUUUGCCUUUGCAAAAAAGACUUCAGAAUUCGAUGUCCUAUCAGAUAAUGACGAGUCCGAUGGCGGUUCAGAGUCUGAACAGGACACGACAUAUUCCACAACUAAGCAUACCUGGGAGUGGCGUUUCCACCUCGAACUAGAGGACGCCGCUGUUCUGGGGAAUCAGCAGAAGAAAAGGAUGUGGGUUGCGGUGGAUAAUCAGGCCGCACAAUACCUCGUGAACCUAGAUGCCUCCAACCUACACUGUGACGCAACGAACCUUGAGGCGCUCCGUCAACGAUUGUUUUUCCUGUGGGGAGAGUUGGAGGAGCAUAAGAGUCGUGCGCAGGCCAAAAAGACCAAAUCGAUUGAGGCCGUGAGGGAGGGCAAACCACCCACCAACAGUUCUGAUGAAGAUGAGCCAAACACAGAGGCAGCGGAAAAGACACAGGUUGCGAAUCGGCCAUUUGCGUGUUGCAUCCGCCAGUACGGCGUCAAGGUACGAGAAUCAGACGCGGCCAAGGCCGACGCAGGCGAGGGCAGUCGAUGGCAGAGGAUGUUUGGGUUAUUUGGGACCCGGAUCUCGAUGAAAUAGUCUAGUCGGCUAAGACGGAAAAAAUGGAGUUUUAUGCUUUGGAAUUAGAUCAUAGGCAUGUACAUCACGGAUUUGGGAGAAACAUGCGAAGGAUCGGGUGCAAGGAAUCCUGAUAGUAUAGGGGGUGAAUUACAGAAAUCCCCUUGAGACGCCCAAACUCAGAAAGGGCUUCUGCCCACAUACCAAGACUCCGGCCGUGGCGACGCACGAACCUCCAACUACACACAAACAAAAAAGUGCUCGGAUCUAGAAA